AUGGCGUCACUCGGCGACGACCAAGCUGCCGCGGAGCUGCUGGACGAAGUUGACGCGGAGCUGCGUGAGCAGGCAGCUGAAGAAUCAGCAAACGUGUUUGUGUCCAUUAAGGAACUGCGCCACUUUGCAAAGACAAUGGACACCGGGCCGGGCGUCCUCGUCUCAGUCAUCAUGUGCGUGUUGUCCUCGGAGCGGCUGACGAACAACAGAGGCACGCGCGUCACUCUGGUGGAUGGGUUCAUGCAGCCCCAUUGGAAGUCCUACAAUCGGAAACUAUCGGCAAUGGACCCUUUCCGGAAGGACACCCGCGUGGUGAAGAUUACUGUGUGGGACCCGAGGGUGCGGUCAGUGACCAGACCGCGCUUUCAACUCGGUACCAUAUACGAGCUGAAGAAAAUCCAUGCGCUCAAGUUCUACCACGACGUGCUUCAGGGCAGCUUGCAGGCUGUCGGUCCGAACGAUCCAUGGGUCAUCCGUGAGUACGGCGACUUUGAGGCUGUCAAACGCGCCCGAACAGAGGAAGUCACUCCUUUAACGAAAGAAGGCGAUGAAGACGAAGAGGAAAAGGAGGAGGAGCCGAUGGAGUGA